AUGUCUGCCGAAUCGCUGGUUGCGCAAUCCGCCGCGGAUUCCUCAGGACUCUUGCAAACCCUUCAAGGUCACGUCGAAGAUAUCCGCGCGCUACUACAGUGUGGCAUAUGUGUGCGUCCGCUUUACGAACCCUAUACCUUGGCCUGUGGACAUACCUUUUGCUAUGGGUGUCUCACGUCAUGGUUCGCCAGCGGAAGGUCUCACAAAACAUGUCCUGAUUGCAGGGCACAGGUGAAGACUCAACCUGCUCCAGCUUAUUUGGUGCGGACGCUCGUUCAAAUUUUCACCGGCCGCGCCGAACUUUUAGAUAAAGACGAAACCACAGCAGAGCAUGGCAAGAACCAGCGCGAAGAAGCCGAAAAGCUAGAGGCCGACAAGUCGAACGAAAACCCGCGGAAUGGCGGUCUUUUCCAGGGAUUUUUUAAGCCGAAGCCGCAACCACAAGGGCCUAUAAUCGAUGCCGAAGAUGGAGUCGCCCGUUGUCCGAACUGCGCAUGGGAAUUAGAAGAAGACUCUUGUUCGAACUGUGGAUAUCACGUGGAUGAUGACGAUAGCGACGGGUCGGGCUUCAGUGAUGACUUUUCCGAUUUGUCGGAUGACAUUGAUGAUGAUGAUGAUGAUGAUGAUGAUAUGGAUGAGGAUAUCGACGACCACCGCCCUGAUAACCACAACCACAACCACAACUACAACCAAUCUGCUGCCACCUGGCGCGACCCUUUCACGGGUAACUGGACCUAUGCUCGACCCGAUUUUGAUCAUAUGAGAUUCGCCGAGCAGUAUUUCGUUCCAGCCCCGCAUGUUCAUUUCCACACGCCUCAUCACCAUCACCAUCACUCAUACUGGGACUCUCUUACAUGGGGUCCUGCUCCGUCGAGCUCCAUCGGCUCUGUCGACCACACGAGCGAUGGGGACGGCCAGUCGGGCUCAGAGGAGGAAGAUGAAGACGAGGAGAUGGGCUCGUUCAUCGAUGACGAAGAAGUAGAAUCGGGCACUGAUCGUUCCACGGUCGUCGGCGAUCACAGCUAUACGAGUUUUGACUUUAAUAACCCUUCUAGCGAACUUUCUGCCCUACAUAACGCAGUCACCCAUUUUGAGAAUGUUAGUGCCUCGGGAGAGUCCUAUGGUGGCAGUGAACAUUAUGAGAUUGAAGAAUCCGACGAGGAAGGACAAGGAGGCGAUGGAGAAGAGGGAGAUGAAGACGAAGACGAAGACGAAGGGCCUAUUCGCCCGGCAUCGCGGCGGCGACCACCACCACCGCCACAGCCACAAUCCCAAUCCCAACCCCAACGACGACACCCAAACUCAGUAUCAAACCCAUACCUUACUGCAGCCCUUGCAAGUCUUCGCGAUGGAUCACACCGAAUAAACCACAGACGACGUCCUCACCCGUCCUCUGCGCAGAGGAGAACGGCCGCCGCAGCAGCAACGACAACAACAGCAGGGACAUCUGUCAACAAUGCGAUUAACUUGGAGGAUGACUCGGAGGAUGAAAUGCCGGUGCCUGCGAGCAGGCGAGCGCGGUUGAAUAGGAGUUAA